GAACACCCUGUAGACUUUAUACUACAGAGUGUUACUAUAGUGACCAUUAUCAUAACAUUUGAACACACAUUUCAUAAAUUUAAAAGUGUUAUGAUACUCUAUUUCAUUUUUAUUUAAUCCAAAUAAUUUCUAUAAUUUUUAUUUAAAAUCUAUAUUAUUAAUUCAAUAUAAGUUUUUUCUUUUAUCUUGUCACAAUAAAAUUUGUGUUGAAAAUACAUUUUAUUACGUUAAUUACUUAUUUAUAACUAUUGUUAUGUUUAAAUCAUAUAAAGUAAUUAAAUAAUGAAACAUUCUGAAUUUACAGUAUAUGCCUGUAAAGAAAUAUUUGACGGAAACAGUUAUCCUACGAAAAGUGAAAUUGAAGAGCAAGCGAUUAAACUUGGAAUAGAUCCUGUAAAAGAUAAUCAUUUAUUAAACAUUGCGAAACAGUGUUUACUUGAACCAUUGCCCAUUGAUUGGAUUCCCUGUUAUAUUGAAAAGACUGAAAAAUAUUUUUACUAUAAUAAAUUCAGUAAAGUAUCUCAAUGGGAACAUCCGUUAGAUGAGUUAUACAGAAAAAUUGUGAAAAAAAAACAUUUAAAAGAUUUAGCCGUCGAAUUAGACGAACCUUCUAAUCAAGCUUCAAACAUUGAUUCUUAUGUCAUGAUUAAUUCAAAAAAUUUAUAUUCUUUUAACUCAGAUAAAAAACCAGUACCAGAAAAACGAUCAGUACGUUUUAAAACACCAAUUGAAGAAUCAUUAGAAUUCAGCAAUACUGAAGAUAACAUGAAAUUUUUAGGUCCAAUUAAAUUAAAUAAACCAUAUAAUACAUCAACAUCAGUUUCUCAAAAUUUACCACUCUUCCCUAUUAAUACUAUUAUGGAUUCAAGAACAAAUGGCAGUCGUACAGCAUUGUCGAAAUAUAGUGUCUUAUUAAAUAAAAAUAUAAUGAAAGAAAAUGAUAUUAAAGAACACGAUGAUAAGUUGAUGAACAAAAUUUCACUUUUUCGAAAAGAAAACUCAAAGAAAAUUAAUAUUACCUUGACGGAAUCUAUUAAUCAAUCAGAUAGCAGCACUUCUGAACUUGACACAGAAGAUUUAAAUGAUGAAUCAUCUGAUGAAAUAAUAAAACGCAGCACAAAAAUUAAAGAUUAUCAUUCUUCUGAAAAUUAUAAUAAUAAUCAAAAAAAGGACAUUCAAGCGGAAUCAAGUCAUAUGGAUUUCUUGAAAUACGAUUCGGAAAAUAUUGAAAACAACUCAGUAAACUUGGGUGAAAAUGUUCAAUCUUCAGAAAAUACUGAAAAAUUAGCUGUAACCGAGUCAAUUGUAGCCAAUAUAGCUAAAAAGUUUCCUUUAACUAAACCAUUUAAUAAGACGCCUGAUACCGAUAGCUCUAAAACUUUUGACUCUGCGUGUGACAUAAAUACAUUUGAAAUAAAAGAAAUAUCUUCAAAUAAGAUUAGUGAAACAGAAGAUAAAUUUGUUGAAAAAAAGAAAAAUAGUGAUAAACUUCAUAUAGAAGCAAUGGUGGUUAAUCAAUGUUCUAUUAUUAAAAAUGAAUUAGAAGAUGUCAUUCAAAAUAAAGAAAGUUUAAUCAGAAACGAACUUAUAAAAAAAAUUGACGACUUGGUUUACCUCACAAAUAAAAACAGUGAAACAAUGGAAAAACGAAUCAAUAAGCUUUUUGAAGAGUACCAUACAAAAAAGAAUGUAGAACUUAUUGAUACAGUACAAAAUCUGCAAAAUAAAUUAGAAAAAAAUAUGGCCUAUGCAAAGGAUAAACAUGACAUGCAAUGUUCUUUAGAUAAUCAAAAGAUCUAUAAUGAUAUUUCCGAUAAAAUAAACAAAGAACUAGAAAACAAAUUUAAAGAGUUAAAAAAUCAAAUUGUAUCUGAUACCAACGAAGCAUCUAAAUUAUGUAGUUUAGAAGAAAUUGAUAAAAAAUCAAUUACAGUUAUUAAUGAUUGGGAUCAAUCAUUAGAAACUUUAAUAUCUGUUAAAACUAGCGAUUUGAAAAAUAAUUUAGAUAAAAAAUUAGAAGAUACUAAGUGUCUUAUUGAAAUAGAGACAAAUAAAUGUGUUUUAAAUUAUAAAGAAAGACUAGAAACUAUUUCUGAAGAUAAACUUAAGAGUGCUGCUGAAGAGUUAAAUUCAGUCUUACGAGAAGAACUGAUUCAAAUUAAAAAAAGGACUAAAGAGGAAAACUUAAAGAUAAUUGAUAAAAGAGAUAGCAAUAAUCAUGAAAAAUUAUAUCCUAAACAACUUCCCAAUGAAGAUCCAAAUAAUCUGAAUAAUUUAGAUGUUAAUAAUUUAAAUUAUCGAAAUAUUAAACAGAAAAUUUGGAAAUGUUUAAACGAGUUAAAUGACGUUUUACAGGCUUUAAAUAGUAGCCACAUCUCCGAUUUUGCAUCACCAAAUGACAAUGGUAUAAAUAAAUCGAGUAUAUGUACAAACAAAUGUUCAGUUUCUAGCCAAACUGAUUUAGAAUAUCAACAGAAUACGGUUAAUUAUUUUACACAACCAAUAUCAACCCAGUUUUCUUCAUGGAGAAAUAGUUUUAGAGAUUCUGAUACAAAGUAUACACAAUAUUGGAAUCAAGCUAAAAAUUAUCAAGAUAUAUUAAGUAAUUAUAUGUUAAAUAACGUAUAUACUGCAAAUCCAUUAGAAAAUUUAAAUCAAGAAGAAUAUAAAAUUAAAGUUGCUGAAAAUAAUCUUAGCAAUUUAAUUGAUGCAUUACAAAAUACAUACUAUAAUAAUAAUUCUCCAAUCACUUUAAAUAAUGAUUUGAAUUACUGGAGAAAUUCAUUUAAUACAAAUAAUGGAGAGUUAAAAACUAAUCAGAUAGCUUAUAAUCAAACAAAAAACUUGAAAGAAUGGCUCUACAAAUUUGAUAUCAGAAAUAAAAAGUUUUACUAAUUUUUUUUAUUUCAAUUAUAUUUUAAUGAAUAGUUUAUUUAUUUAUUAGUAAAUCUAAAGAAUGGAUUUAUAUAUUUUAUUAUACGCAUUUUAAAAAGAGCCAAGUUUAUGCAAUUUUUUA